AGCCAAAUCGCACCGCAACACACUUCCGGUAAAAGCAAAAGCUAAAUGCCUGGUCAUGUAGAAAACCCCUAAUAUAAAUUUUUCAAAACUUAAACAACGCAACGGCUCCUCAGAUUUCAAUUUGAAUUGAAUUUGCAUAUUUUUGAGUUGUGACCCUCGCGUCCCUUUAUUUUUACUGUACCACUCUCAGUCUCAGGCCUCUGCGACAUCGUAACCACUGAUUUUGAACCUUUCAUUUUCAGCAACAAUAACAAUAACAAUGUCUCUUCCUCCUGAAAUCGACAAUUUUAUCAAGCAAUCCAUCGAUCACUGUCUAGGGCUUCCGAUUUCUUCUGAAACCCUCGACAUCAAGCUUCGUGCUUCCAAAGAAUCUGAACAGAAACUCCUCGAUCAGAAUAUUUCACUUCUCCAAAAGUUAAAGGAAAAAGACGAACUCAUCGAAACAUCUAAGAAUGAAGCGUGUGCGAGUGCGCUAACGCUAAAGAAAUUCGUUGAGGAGAAUCAGAAAUUGGCGGCGGAGUGUGAGAGUCUGGUGGCGCAUUGUCAAAAAUUGGAAAAGGAAUGUGCGCUUUAUGAUAAUGACAGGGAAGCGUUGAUGGAUUUUGGGAAUGAAGCUGACGAACGUGCGAAGGAGGCUUAUAUAAGAGUUGAAGAGUUGGAACGCGACUUGAUCAUGUAUGAGAUGAAAUUGAAAAAAUGCCAGCAAGAGGAUGAAUCGGUUGAUUCUUCUUCGGCAAGCACAGUUGGGGAGGAGAGUUUGCUUGACUCCCUUUUGGCAACAGUUGCUAGUAAAGAUGAUUCUUCUACGUAUGAAUUCUUGGACGCAAAUAGAGAAAAUGAGCACUGUAAGAAGUUGCUGUCAAUGUGGAACUGCUUACAGCAAUCAACUCGGAGAGUUUUGUCUCUUGUUGCUGAAUUGAUGUCUCUAGAAAAGGAUAAAGAGCAUCUAAGGAUUAACCUUGACAGAGCUGAAGAGGAGGGAAAACUACUGUUUGAUGAAAAUAGCAUAUUGGAAAAGGAGAACAAAAGGUUAGCGAUGAAAUGCAAGGAAAGGAGUCGUCCAGUUUCUGGUGGGAAACUUACCAACAGUACAUCAGCCCAGUCAAACAAGAGAAAGUCUAGUCCCAAGACAAGUAGCCCAAUGGCAAAGAAGAUUGAUUUUGAUAAUUCAGAUUCAGCUUCACCUAGACAACCAUUGUCACCCUUGCAAAGUAACUCCCCAGACUGUCGUCAACAUUGUCUAGAUUCAGCUUCACCUUGACAACCAUUUUCAUUAUUGAUAUUGGUGAUGUUUCAAAGUGAUCUAUUGAACUGUUUACAAAGAUAAUAUGGAAAAUAAGGCUAAUUGACUUGAAAGUAACUUAUUUCUUGAUAGUAGUGUAUUUGUGAAUAUAGUUUGACACAGUUACCAUUUUCUUCAUUUGUUGAAGUUGGUUUGAUUCUUGAAAAAUAGUGGGGUGUUAUGUGCCUGAAAA